AUGGCCGUGCCGAGCUGCCAAGGCAAGAGGACUCCUCCUACGAUCAUCUUUGAAGCUGAUAUCGACAGCUUGUUCAAGGAGCCUCUGCACGAAUUCUCCAUGUCCAUUAGCAGCUGCAUGGCAGAUGGGAUGGUCUCGCAUUGCAUCUGCCGCCGAUGGACGUCAACAUGUGGACGCUAA